CCGACCGCACGCGGCGAGCGGCCGGGACUCAGCUCCGAGUCCGGUGUAAGAACCAAAAGCUAGUCUUAGCUCUGCCAGGGGCGCGGGCGCACGUGCGGGGCGCAGAAGCCGCCCAUCGCGUGGUUUCAGUGGGCUUGGUGUUCCCACCCGAGGGCUCGCUCGUGGAGCCGUGCCCGGCGAAUGGGCGCAUGAGGAAGAACAGGGAAAUGGACUGCUAUUUGCGUCGCCUCAAACAGGAGCUGAUGUCCAUGAAGGAAGUGGGUGAUGGUUUACAGGAUCAGAUGAACUGCAUGAUGGGUGCACUGCAAGAACUGAAGCUCCUACAGGUGCAGACGGCACUGGAACAGCUGGACAUCUCUGCGGGGGAUCCUGUACCAGGCUGCCUUGAAAGUCCCCAGACACGGCCCAAGUGCCCUCUCCAGGAAGGAGGCAGAGAUCCAGCCAGGCCUGUGGCCCGCUCCUCCCCCUGCAGCCACCCUUCUCUUGGCAGCAGCACCAAGUUUCCAAGCCACAGGAGUGUCUGUGGGAGGGAUCCCCACCCCCUGUCCAGGACACAGCUGCCAGAGCACCAAAGCUGUGCCCAGCAGGGGCCAGAGUGGGUGGAGCCAGAUGACUGGACCUCCACAUUGAUGUCUCGGGGCAGGAACCGGCAGCCGCUGGUGUUAGGGGACAAUGUUUUUGCGGACCUGGUGGGCAACUGGCUAGAUUUGCCAGAACUGGAGAAGGGUGGGGAGAAGGGGGAAACUGGCGGGGCAGGUGAGCCCAAAGGAAAGAAAGGCCAGCCCUGGGAGCUGGGCCGCAAGUUUGCUCUAACAGCAAAUAUCUUUAGGAAGUUCUUGCGUAGUGUGCGGCCUGACCGUGACAGGCUGCUGAAGGAGAAGCCAGGCUGGGUGACACCCAUGGUCUCCGAGUCCCAGUCCCAGUCCCAGUCUCGGGCCGGACGCUCCCAGAAGGUCAAAAAGUGGAGCCGUUCCAAGGGCUCUGGACACUUCCCCUUCCGGAGUGCAGGGAAGUCCAGACAAGGGGAAAAUCCCCACACAAGUAGCCCCAAGGCCAUGGAACCCUCACCUUCGGGCUUUGAUAUUAAUACAGCCGUUUGGGUCUGAACCCUAGAGGGAAAGUUGACUGAACCCAAAAGACCAGUCCCUAUGCCGGGCCCCUGGGGAGGAGGGCGGGCGGGUGGUAUGGCUGUCAGAAGCCCAAAUCCAAAUUCCGUUCCUUCAGAAGGGAGGGAGAAGCCAGAGUUCUGGGGCAGGGCUGACUGGAAUGCAGUUGGGAGAGGCUGUCACAGGGUUGGCAGGGGGCGGAGGGACAGCUCCUAGAGAAAAGUGUGUGUGUGUGUGUGUGUGUGUGUGUGUGUGUGUGUGUGUGGUGCUCACUUUGAGGCUCCAGGUGACAGUAGAAAAGGGACAGGAGAUCGAGAAAUCCUUCUGACUUUCCUCACUGCCCUCAAAGACCUCAAGUGAACAUUGUGUGUAGAAAAGGGAACUGGGCCCCCAAUAAAGGCCUGUCUCUAGGGCCCCCAACCCUAUAGCUGUCUGCUUCCCUGGCAAGGUACUGCUGCAGGCACAGGACCUGAAGCCCAGAUCUGUUACCCUGCCCUCUGGGGGAUGGGGGACAGAGAAGCCAGAGGGAAUCCUAACCCCCAGCCCUUCCUGUUGCCAUAGAGAUUUCAGCCACUCCACGACCCUGGGAAAUGGGCUGGAUAAGGAGGGGAGUGAAUCACAGCAGCCAGGGGAGCUGGGACCCCUCUCAUGUGUUAUUUGUGGGGUAUCGAUGUACAUCACUCUGCACGUUCAAAAGCCUCACAUCCGUGCUUUCCUGUAAGUGGGCAGGCGAGGCAGGCAGCAUCAGAUACGCUGCCUGUGCCCCUACCUCCCAGCAGCUCUCAGAGCCUCCACCCCACUCCCUGUCUGUGGCUCCUAACUCCCUCCUAGGGGCGGAACAUGUAAAUUCACCAGCCGGGUGAAGGCCAGCCCACUCUAAAAUUCCCAGUGCUGUCACUCAGCCCCUCCCUGCUAGACGCGGCCCUAACCUUGUCUUCCCUCCUCCUCCCUAGUCAGCGGGGGCGCCCAGCCACCAAGGCUCGGGAACUGCGGCCUCUUAUCUUCCUAAAGGCGCCCCGGGGGCGUGGCGCGGC